AUGAGUCUUUCCCAGUCUAAUAUUACUGCCAAAGACAAUCUCAAGGGUAUUAUAGCAGCAAAUGACGAGCAAACAUACCCAAGAAACAGCCUGUCUGAGAUCCAUGCCUUUAACUUAAGAUUCCUGGGGCAUCUAUCUGAAGCACAGUUUUGCAUUGAGGAAAAGCAUGAAUACAUUGUUGAACUCCCGCCCGAUAAACAGCAUGAAAUAAAAUCACUUCUUGCUGAUGCCAUGCAGAACCCACUGAAUCUCUCUGCCACUAAUAGUGGUGACACUGAUCCAGGUUAUUCUGGAGAGACUCUUCCUAAUAGCCAGGCUCCUAUAAGAGAGAAUCCUACUGAGGAGAAUCCUAUAGGUGCGACUUCUACCGGUGAAAAUCCUACUGUCACGGCUUUUACUAGUGAAAGUCCUAUUGGCGACACUGAUACUGAUGAGACUGACUUCCAUGAAACUGAUUUUCAUGAGACUGAUUCUCGUGGUACUGAUACCGACAAUACUGACGCUGACGGUCUUGAGAAUGGCCAUGCCGAGACUGAUGCUAACAAUGACGAGGAGGGAUUAACUACCAAUUCCCCCCACAUCCAAGCUGAGCGAGAGACCUUUCUUCACGGCGAGACUGAAUCUGAAGCAACCGAGCCAUUCCCCGACUACUACGAGUCUUGCGAAGGCGACGCACCUCUUGUUGACGAAGCGCAUGAACAAGCCUAUAUCUACGCCGUCUCCAAACUUGCUGAAGAAACAAUCCGGUUUGGUGAAAUAGCUUCUAGCGAUCCUUCAAUGACCCCUUUCGCUGCCCGCGCAGCUUCCCCUGGAAACAUUAGCACCCAGCCUGAACAGGCGUCUACUAUGGAUUCCUUCUACCCUCGCUCUUUGCCUUCUCGUUUUCCAGGUGACCAAGGUCCACAGAACAACGUCAUGCCUCCUUUUGCGAUGCAGAAUUUUGCUCCUACAUACCCCUGUAGCAACCAGCCAGUCCAACAGGGUGCUGUCUACAUGAAUGCUCCUAUCCCUCAGACCGGUCCUGCAGUUGUAGUGCAGCCUGGAGAGGUUGUCCCAGCUGCUGCUAUUCCGGCAGUCUCCAACGAGGCCAUACAACGUCGUCGCGUUGCUGGAGAAGAGAGAAAGUCGGCUGCAAUUGAGGAGAUGAGAUUCUUAUUGAGCCAUGAAGGCAUUAGGGUAGAUUUGAGAAAGCGAUUUAUGGAUAUGAGCAACAUGGUGCUUCGUAUGGACUGGUUACUGUUUGGCAAUCUUAACGCGCCGGACAGCGUGUUUCUUGCCGCUGAAGUCAUCACUGAAGUCCAAUCAAUUGCUGCUCCAUUGGUUCAUUAUCUGUCUUUUCUAGAUGAAAGGCUGCAGGUCGAGGUUCGCGACGCUGAACUCGUCAAGACUUCUUUGGCCAAUGUGGCUAGAGACCAAAACAUGACCCCUGAGGUACGUUUUAGAAAUCUAACCAGGAUUAUCAUCAGGCACCUCAGACGCCCUCGCCCCAUCGAACAACGUCUGUUAUCCGUCUUCCUUGAUUUCUACGAUUCCCACGUGUACACCGAUUUCUUAAACAUCUACAACUACCAGGCUCUUCAUGAUGACGCGCUGUUUGUGGAACGUAUGGAACUAUCCCGUCUUCUGAUCGCCAUGUGGGACGUGCUCAACCGCACCAUUGAGAACUACAACUUGGUUAUUCUUAUCAACUUCGAUAUCAAAUCACAGUCUGUGGGCCCCGCCCUGGCUGAACUUGAUAACCCUGACCAGAUUUGGCAGGAGGAGCAUGAGAUUUAUCAGAGUGAGGUGAUGGCUCGCGAGGAGAGCAUUAGACAAAUGGAACUGGGAGCGCAGCUUCAGGCCGGUGGCAAUGGAGCUUAG